AUGUCUCCCUCCUUCUUCCGCCGCCCGGCCACGCGCCCCUCGACGGCCUCGUCGUCGCCCACGUCCUCCCGCUCGGGCUACUCGUCGCACCCCUCCGAGUCGACGGCCCCCUCCAGCCUGUCCAGCAUCGCCUCGGCCAGUGACUCUUGCUCCGACGCCGACAGCUGCGCCUUUGACGUGCACGACUACUUUGCCCAGCUGCGCGAGGAGCUGCACGUAUCGGACGACUGUCCAGGCCCGCAGCAGCUGGCCGCCGCCGGCAACAUUCCCAUCUACGAUGGCGCGGGGAAUGCCCGCCCGUUCCGCUCCAUCUUCGCCGGCGACGACGUCAUCGGCGAGCGCCAGCUCGUCCUCUUCGUCCGCCAUUUCUACUGCGGCGCCUGCCAAGCCUACCUACGCGCCCUGACGGCCAAUAUAACGCCGCAGACGUACUUCACCAUGGCCGUGCCGACCUCGAUCGUCGUCAUCGGCUGUGGCUCCCCGCGCAUGAUCAACGCCUACAAGCAAUUCACCGGCUGCCCUUUCCCCAUCUUCGCCGACCCCACGCGCCAGCUCUACCGCGCCCUCGGCAUGUCGUGGACUCUCGACAUUGGCCUGAACAAGCGCCCCGAGUACAUGAAGAACAUUGCGCCCCCCGCCUGGCUCGCCGGCCAGCUCAAGCAAAUCUCAAAGUCGCGCGGCCGCGACGGCUUCCGCGGCGGCAACUGGCUCCAGAUCGGUGGCGAGUUUCUGUUCGAGAACGGCGACGUCGCCUGGUGCCACCGCAUGCGCCACUACCGCGACCACACCGAGGUCGACACCCUGCGCAGGCUGCUGGACAUUGACGACGACUGA